GUUUCCCCCCAGGAAAAAGGGUGCGCCAUAAAUCAUUCUCCCAGCUUCCCGAGACGAACACUUUUCUUGGCUUUCCGUUAUUAUUUCUCGUGGCUUGACACUAUCACUUAUACUAUUUAUUAACAAGUUACUAUGGAACAACAGCAAGAAAAGCCUGAGGGCAACCAUGUUCUCCAAACACCACUCUGGAUCAUUAUACUCCGUGGCUUCCAAUUCCUCAUCUCCCUCAUCAUCGUCGGUCUCUGCGGCCGUCUGAUGCACGAUGCCACCCUCGACGAAGAAGCUCUAUCUCUCGCCAUUGCGAUCAUAUCAUGGAUCGUCAUCGCAUACGUCGUCUUGACAGAGAAAAUCCCCAGUCUUCAAAGCGCAUACCACAUCAUCGCCGUUCUAUGCCUCGAUGGACUAAUGAUGGUUCUUUGGCUUGCAGCUUGGGCUGCUACUGCUGCGAGACGUGCUAAAUACGUCGUUCCUGUUAAUGCUUAUGGCUGUGUUGAUGAUGGAAGUCUUACAGAUAGUAAGACUUGCAAUAUUUUUAAGCGUGAUGGGGAGAAUGUUAUUCUGUUCAAGUCUGGGCUGGCUAUGCUUGCUGCCGUCGCAGGUCUCGGCGCUCUUGUUUGGAUUCUCUUCAUCGUCACUUUCGUCUGGACUCUUGUCAUGUUCCUCCGUGGUCGCAGGGAAGGCCGCUUCGCCGUCAACCUCGCAGCAUCCCCUUCACCCAACAACAACUACCAAAUGGAGACCAAGGUCAACGAAGCCCAGCCCAUGGUUCAGCCUGUUCAACCUCAGGGUGUCCCCCAACAGUACCAACAACAACCUACUCAAGGCCAAUUCGUUCCUCAACAACAGCAGCAGCAGUAUCCUCCUCAGGGCACUCCCUCUCCUUACCAACCUACCCAGAGCCCAUACCAACAACAGGGUGCUUAUCCUCCCCCUGCCGCACCCUACUCUCCCCAAGACCAGCAGUACCAGGGCCAGCAGAACUACGGACAGUAUCCUCCCCAGCAGUAUCAACAGCCUGCUCAACCUCAGGGAAGUGAGCUUGAUGGUCAGACAAACUACUCUACACCUCCUCCAGCUUCAAUGUCUCCUCCUCCCCAGCAUUACGGAAGUGAGCUCGACAGUCAGACGAACUACACCCAUCCUCCUGCUUCAAUGUCGCCGCCCCCUCAGCCUCAGCCUUACCCUCCUCAAGCAUAUCCCCAGCAGUAAAUGAAGUGAAGAGGAGGGUUUAAUGAUUGCACCUCUCGGCGCGUGGAGUUACGUUUCUGUUUUGCCAGUAUUUUAUAUAUCCAAUAACAGUGGUGGCUUUUUGACACUUGUUUUAUACCAAUAGUCACAGUUAGAAUACACGAUGCAGCGAUUGAUGACAAUUUAUUGCAGUAGCACAUAUAAACUUCGUUCUCAUAACGUCGAUAACCGCAGUAGUUUCUCGUAACGCUCAUAAGUGUAGCAGUUUAACACAAAGUAUUUAUAGCAAUUCCUUUCAAUAAUCAUAUCGC